AUGGACCAGCCGGACGGAUACCUGGAUGCAACACAGCCGGACUAUGUGUGCAAGCUAAAGAGAUCACUCUACGGCUUGAAGCAAUCGCCUCGCAUGUGGAACCAAACAAUCGAUGGGUUCAUGAUCAAGAUGGGAUUCAAGAAGUGCGAAUCGGACCACUGCAUCUACAUCAAGCGAGACGACCAAGACAUGAUUCUCGUGGUGCUCUACGUCGAUGAUCUCAUCCUGGCCAGCAGCAACAACGAACUCCUCAAGUCAACCAAGAUGGCGCUGAGCAAACGCUUCGAAAUGACGGAUCUCGGUGAGCUCGAUUACUUUCUCGGCAUGGAGAUCAAGAACGACCGUAAGACGGGAAUGGUGACUGUACAACAAACCAAGUUUCUCAAGUCCGUGUUAACCAAGUUCGGAAUGGAUAACAGCAAGCCAGUGAAGACGCCUCAAGAUCCCGGCCUGAAGCUAACCAAGAACAUGUGUGAACAAGAAUGCAAGCACGAAGACACCAUGUGCAACGUGCCAUAUCGAAGUGCUGUCGGAGGCAUCAUGUAUCUCAUGGUCGCCACACGUCCGGAUCUAGCUGCUGCAGUGGGAUCAUUAUCCCAGUUCUCGUCCGACCCAUGCCCGACUCACUGGCAAGCUUUGAAGCGUGUGCUGAGAUACCUGCAAGCAACGCCCAAUCAUGGUCUUGAGUUUACACGUGAAGAAGGAAGCCGUAUCUGCGGGUACACCGACGCAGACUGGGCCGGCGACAUUGAGUCAAGACGAAGUACAAGCGGCUAUGUGUUCAUGAUGAGCGGAGGAUGCAUCAGCUGGAAAAGCCAGAAACAACGGACGGUCGCGCUAUCUUCAACAGAAGCAGAAUACAUGGCGCUUUCCGAAGCAACCAAAGAAGCAGUAUGGCUCAAAGUGCUUUUGGGGGAACUUGGUGAGAUGACAAGCGACGAAGCGAUCAAGAUGUAUGAAGACAACCAAGGAUCAAUCGCUCUCGCCAGAACCCGGAGUUCCAUAAGAGAACAAAACACAUCGACAUACGCUACCAUUUUUGUGCGUGAGAAGGUGGAAUCAGGUGAAGUCGUUUUGGAGUAUUGCCCGACUCAAGAUAUGCUGGCAGACAUGAUGACCAAGCCGAUCGCCGCUGUACAAUUUGAAAACAUUCGCGAUCGACUUGGGAUCCAAGGUGCCGCAGCUAACGAGUCGAGAGGGAGUGUUGAAAAGACAGCGGCUGUGAAGAAGACACCUCGUCAAGCUGCGUCAAGUGUUGAAGCAAGUGGAAGACCAAGCUUCGCUAUACCGGUGGGUACCGGUAUGUACCAGUAA